AUGUACUUACCAUCGGUGCCAGAUUGCGAUGCGAAUCGCGGUCGGUUUGCGCUAAAACGAGUGUUUACGCUGCAGAUACGCAGACAUGGAAUCAGCGGCGAUAAGCGCCAAUGUAAUCUCACUGGGAAAAUUCACAGCAAUGGGAAAAGGGGACUGGAAGAGCGGGCCAAAUCACUUGCUCAGAAUAACCCAAUUCAUCGUCUUUUGAUUUUUGCGACUUUGUUAGGAAGUUGUGUAAAACGUGGCGCCACAUACAAUAACGGCAUCCCGACCGUAUCUGUCCAGUGUCAAUGCACCGAGAAUGAAGGAAAAAACUCGACGAAACAUUACAGCGUCGUCGAUGACCGACGGACAAAGACGAUCGCGAACUCGUCCACACUUUGAUAGCGCAAGAUUUCAGUGAUGUCAAACGAUGGGAGAGAAAGGAGUUGGAAGGUCGCACCUUGUUUUCUUGGAGUAAAAUAGCUGCUUUAUGAGUGUGAAUCAACCCAAUGUCAGAAAUAAUCAUUCUAAAUAGUUCUAUGUCGAUUACUUACCCUUUUACGUAUAUAAUGACUAAAAUGUUCUAACAAAUCUAUAGCCAAACUGCAGCUUAUAUACUUUAUUUGUGUUCGAGAAAUACAACUUCAAACUCUCGCCCAGACCGUAUUCGUUGUCGAAGACACCAAUCAGCGGCUUGGACGGCUUCUUAAGACACGUCAAAUAGUAACCCUAUGAACCCAAAUAGAAGUGGCGGACCC